GGACAUCUGAAAUAUAUAAAAAGAACGGGAGGAAAAAAUUGUUGUUGACCUGUCUGCAAUCAAAAACCCUAAUUGCCCUCUCUCUUCCUCAACCUCCAAAACCCUAGUUUUUCCUACACUCGUACCUUGCAGUCAGGCGUUGCCCUCAAUCCAUGGCAACCAGAUUGCAAUUCGAGAACUCGUGCGAGGUUGGGGUGUUUUCGAAGCUGACGAAUGCGUACUGUUUGGUCUCCAUCGGAGGCUCUGAGAACUUCUACAGCACCUUUGAGGCGGAGUUGGCUGAUGUCAUCCCCGUCGUGAAAACCUCCAUCGGCGGCACUCGCAUCAUAGGCCGCCUCUGUGCUGGAAACAAAAACGGGCUUCUUUUGCCUCACACUACCACCGACCAAGAACUCCAGCACUUGAGGAACAGCUUACCUGAUAACGUUGUUGUUCAGCGUAUCGAAGAGAGGCUAUCGGCUCUUGGUAACUGUAUCGCAUGCAAUGAUCAUGUUGCUCUUACACACACUGAUCUUGACAGGGAAACUGAGGAGAUGAUUGCAGAUGUUCUUGGAGUGGAAGUUUUUAGGCAGACUAUUGCUGGUAAUAUUCUUGUAGGCAGCUACUGUUCCUUCACCAACAGAGGUGGCUUGGUUCAUCCCCAUACAUCUGUUGAAGACUUGGAUGAACUGUCGACGCUACUUCAGGUCCCUCUUGUUGCUGGAACAGUAAACCGUGGUAGUGAAGUGAUAGCUGCGGGCAUGACAGUGAACGACUGGACAGCAUUCUGCGGGUUAGACACUACUGCCACAGAACUCUCAGUUAUUGAAAGCGUUUUCAAGUUGAGGGAAGCUCAACCUAGUGCUAUUGUGGAUGAAAUGAGGAAAUCUUUGAUCGACAGCUAUGUCUAAAUCUUGUGCGUAAAACUCAUGGAUAUUUCCUGUUUUCUUUCUGGUCAAUGUUUUUAAAUAGUAUUAACGAGUCUUGUGUACGUCUUAAAAUCUUAAUCAUAAGAAGUCUGAUUUUGCAAAGUUGUAUAGUUUUGUGUAAUCUGGUACUACAAUUACAAUGUUAACCUCGAAAUUGUUAUAUUUUUCCCGAAAGUCAGUGAAAUCGGAAAUUUGGUGAUGUAA